AUGCUAUCAAAACAUAUCGGUCACCCUGCCACAGAGGCUUUGCAUGCAGACGAUCGCCUUAAUCUGGUGCCUGAUGUGGCACCACCAAUGCACUUGUCGACCACCUUUCGAUACUCAAAGGAUCCGGAUCAGCUAAAGGUCUCGGAAGAUCCCGUGGCGGAGUUUGACGGGACGAACUACGUGUAUUCUCGCGAAUUUGCGCCGAAUGCCACCCGCUUUGAAGCAGUGCUCUCAUCACUCCUCAAAGGUACAGCAGUGUCCUAUGCAACCGGACUUGCUGCACUGCAUGCGGCCUUGGUGUUGCUCAACCCACGGCACAUCUCUGUCGGCGAAGGCUACCAUGGUAGUCAUGAAGUGAUAGCUGUCGUUUCCCGCCUGUCCGGACUCAAAAAGCUCCCGAUCGAUUGUCCAGCAGAGAACCUGAACCAAAGCGAUGUGAUUCUUCUCGAAACACCAAUCAAUCCUUACGGGACCGCUUUCAACAUCGAGGAAUAUGCCAGAAAGGCACACUCUCGGGGUGCGUACCUGAUUGUCGACAGCACUUUCGGACCUCCUGGUCUGCAGGAUCCGUUCCUCUGGGGCGCGGACAUCGUCAUGCACUCAGGCUCAAAAUUCUUCGGAGGACAUAGCGACAUGCUCUGCGGUGUUCUUGCAGUUCAAAGGGAUGGCUGGGCGAAACGCCUAUUUGAGGAUCGUAUGGCUCUGGGCAGCGUCAUUGGCAAUUUGGAGGGGUGGCUGGGCACGCGGAGUUUGCGGACUCUCGAGGUUCGCGUGCAGCGUGCCAGUGAAAACGCAGCCAAACUCAUCAAUUGGCUCGACGAUGCCUUGAAAGCUUCUUCGCCUGCGCCGGGCUCAGACCAGCACACUGUUCAGGCCAUAUUGAAGAUGAUUUAUCAUGCCAGUCUUCAGGAUGAACCUUGGUUGAAGAACCAGAUGCCAAACGGAUUUGGCCCAGUAUUUUCGGUUAUCUUGCAAAACGAGCGAUUCGCCCGCACACUUCCGAGCCACCUCAGUUUCUUCCAGCAUGCAACAAGUCUGGGUGGGGUGGAAUCUUUGAUUGAAUGGAGAGCCCUGUCCGAUAGCCGGGUGGACAAAAAGUUGCUGCGGAUCAGUGUUGGUAUUGAACAUUGGGAAGACCUGCGAGAUGAUCUGCUGCGGGCAUUCCGGUCGUUGUCUGGUGUCUGA